AUGAGGAACCAUCCUAACAUGCUCUUUUUGUUUUACGAAGACCUUUCUAAGGAUCUGCCAGCAUGCGUACGUCGCAUUGCCAAAUUUCUUGACAAAGAGAUAACUGAGGAACAGAUAGAAAAAUUAUGCGAGCACCUUAACAUUGAUAACUUCAAGAAAAACAAAUCCGUCAAUUUCGAUAAUUUGAACGAUGCUGGAUUAUUGAAUGAAAAGGAGAGUUUUAUUAGAAAAGGUAAUGUUGGCGGUUGGCGAGACUAUUUUGAUGAAGAGAUGACUGAACAGGCAGACCGGUGGAUAGAGGAGAACUUGCGUGAUACCGACGUGCGUUUUCCUCAAUAA